AUGAAUUCAAAACGGGUAAAUAAUGUGAUUAGCCUUUUGAUUAACGAAAUAAAAACAAAUGAGCGGCCAGACAGCGCAAAGGAAUUGGCCAAAGAAAAGGGAAUAAAUGUUGCCAAGUCAUUUUUGAACAUUAACCAUUCAGGUGAAAACCUCCCCUGUGAGAGGCCCAAACGAAACUACCGAGCAGAAAAUGGGCAAGCUCGGAAAAGUGACCGCAGUGUAAAUUCGCAGGAGGAACAGAAGACCACCCCCGGGGAAGGCAACCUGGACGAUGACAACCUGGACGAUGACGUCAUCAGCGAAAAGGAAAAAGCGGCACUGGAAUUUUAUGAUGAACGGAUAGACAUUUUCGAAGAAGAAUACGUGAACAAAAAAUAUAGAUUCUGCACCAAAAACUGCGACUCGAGUUUGUGCUGUUGCGGGUGCUUCAUUCCCGUUUGCUACCAAAGUCAGAGGCACGAGAUCUACGUCAACCAGUACAGAAGCUUUUACGCGGUGAAUGUGCGGAUCGACGACAAGCGAGUUAUUCAUGAGCACGAAAUAAAUGCAGCGGAGAACGGUGGCAACCACAAAGAGGGUGAUCCCAAAGGGGGUAAUUCCAAACGGGGUAGCGGCAAACGCAACCACCAGCACGGUGACCCAAAGAGCCCACCCCCGGUGGACAAAGCGGAGAACCAAACAGAACUCCCCCACCCCGAGUGCGUAGAAACCCCCGAAGGAAAAAAAAACGGGGAGGACGAAAAAUCACAAAUAUAUCACGCCGUUUUUUGCGAAAACUGCAAUAAUCAUAUUGCCUAUCUUGAAAUAAAAAAAAAUAUUUUCCAUUUUUUUGAUGUGCUACCUGACUGA